AUUCAGUUAGGGAAUAACAGAACCACAAGUGAUUCUGUUAUUCCUGUAUCCAGCGGGGCUACGUGGAAGCAAGCAUCCGAUGACCGGCUUGCUCAAUCCCCACAUCCCAAGCCAAUGCACUCGCCAAUAACACCAUGUACUGUGGUUCAGGCAGUGAAAGAUGAACAAGGACAGCCAACCCGCCUGCAUAUCGAACAACUAUAAUUGUGACCGAAGAGGGGUCAAGUUGCUGAACGGUAUAUAUAGCAUAACGCACGCCAAGGAAACAAACGUACGGAUUAAACUGUUCAACAUGAAUAAGUUAACUAGACAGGUGACCUUCAGAAAUUUAAGGAAUGGUAUCAGAAAUAUUAACCUCACUACAGCAGGACAGCAACAUUAUGCCGAGAAAGAAAUAAUAAAUUCAAAUAUCCAGAUGCCUUUGACACAUUUAUCAGAGGACGAGAAAAUAAUGAAGCAAACAGUUGCCCGACUAGCACAAGAACAAAUCCUACCGCACAUAAGAGAAAUGGAAAACGAAGGAAAAAUUAAGGAAUCCGUCAUCAAAAUGUGUUUUGAAAAUGGUUUAUUUGGGAUAGAAAUAGAUCCGGAGUACGGCGGAGCAGGAUGCAAUUUUAUGACCACCAUUGUAACGAUUGAAGAAUUAGCCAAAGUCGAUCCUGCCGUGUCAGUACCAGUUGAUAUACAAAAUACUCUCAUAAAUGCUGUGAUAAUGAAACUAGGAACUAGAGAACAGAAAGAAAUAUACUUAAAACGAUUAGCAACAGAUACAGUGGCUAGUUUUGCUUUAUCGGAAGCUUCUUCGGGAUCAGAUGCAUUCUCCUUGAAAACAACAGCUAAAAAAGAUGGUCCUGACUAUGUUCUGAAUGGUUCAAAAAUGUGGAUUUCCAGUUCAGAUAUAGCAGGAAUUUUUUUAGUAAUGGCAAAUGCGAAUCCUUCAAUAGGUUACAAAGGGAUCACCUGUUUCAUAGUGGAUCGAGACACCCCUGGACUGAGCAUAGGAAAACCAGAAAAAAAAUUAGGAAUGUGUGCCUCUGGAACGUGCGCAGUGAACUUUGAUAAUGUACGAGUGCCUCAAUCUUCUAUCCUAGGAGAAUUAGGACAAGGUUACAAAAUAGCUGCAGGUUUUCUUAAUGAGGGAAGAAUAGGCAUCGGCGCUCAAAUGAUAGGACUGGCUCAAGGAUGUUUUGAUGCUACGAUACCGUAUACUCUUGAGAGACAGCAGUUUGGAAAACCUAUAUUUUCUUUCCAGUCCAUGCAACACCAAAUAUCUAGAAUAGCAACCGAAAUAGAAUGCGCCAGACUUUUAACAUACAAUGCAGCUCGACUCGUCGAGGCAGGAGCACCUUUCACCAAAGAAGCCGCAAUGGCGAAAUAUUAUGCAGCUGAAGUUGCCCAAAACACGUGUAUUAAAUGCAUAGACUGGUUGGGAGGUGUCGGUUUUACGAAAGCAUUCAUUCAGGAGAAAUUUUAUAGAGAUGCUAAAAUUGGCAGUAUUUAUGAAGGAACAUAUAACGUUCAGAUGAAUACAAUAGCAAAAUAUAUAGAAAAAGAAUAUAAAUCAUAGUAAAUAAUAUGAAUGAAAAACGAA